GUGUCAGUGGCGUGCCGAGCCGCUCUGUAGCCACACAGAAGAAGCCCUGUGUCCUUCACAACAACAGCUAACAUGGCUACUGCUACUAAAAUCGUCCAGAGGCUUCGAAAUUUCCUGGCGGGGCGGGAUCUGCAGUCCAAGCUGCAGCUGCGUUAUGACGAGAUAGCAAAGAGGACGCAGCCACCACCUAAACUGCCCGUCGGCCCGAGCCACAAGUUCGCCAACAACUACUAUUACACCCGAGAUGGCCGCAGAGAGUCGGUCCCCGCCACGAUAGUGAUGUCUCAGCAGAAGGCUCUUACUGCUGGGAGCGAGGUGGCUAAGACAACAAAGGCUCCUGUGACACCGGGAACUCUUUAUGAACCGCCACCGCUGUCCACAGACCAGCCGUACCUCUGAGCAGCAGACCGAGCUGCCCGCUACUCCUGUUGGUUCUACCUUGUACAAAAGAAAGUGUGAAUAAAAUAUGCUUCAAUUGUUUCAAA